AUGGCGGCGGCCGGGGGCAGUGAGGUGUUGCCGGCGUGUCCGGAUAGCCUCAUUACAAAGGCUCGGGAUACUGUGAUUCAGUUGAACCAUGCUGAUACUCGCUUCAAGAAGAUUAGCACGCUGCUGAGUAACAACGAUGUUUCGGGCAACAGCGAGCGUGACUACAUCCCCGUGAAGCCAGUAGCGCCGCUCGAGCUUCUCAAUUCGCUCGACCCAGAGCUGGUGGACCAAAUUCAGCAGGCACAAGCACAGAGCUUGACCGGUAUUUUCCCCGAGGUCAACCGCGCUUGGCUGACGGUGGACUCUCACAUUUACAUUUGGGACUUUGAUGAUGGCUCUGAUUUGUGUGUCUACCGCGAGCUCCAAGAAGUCAUCGUCGGCGUAGCUCUUGUUCGCCCCAAGCCAGGCGUGUUUGACGCCAAGAUCCAGUACUUGCUGGCGCUGGCUACGCCACUGACAGUUUACUUGGUUGGUGUCGAGUUUACCGGCCGGCCCCACCCAACCAUGCACGGCUGUCAAAUGAAUAUGGACCCCGACGCCCUGCAUCGCGCCUCCACCGACAACGUGGCCAUGACUGCUUUGGUUGGCGGCCCCAACGGUCGUAUUUUUAUGGGGGGAAAUGAUGGCUGCGUCUACGAGCUGCUCUACGAGCGUGGCGAUGGCUGGCUGUUUCGACGCAAGUGUCGCAAGAUCAAUCACAGUCAGGGCUACGUCAAGUACUUUUUGCCCUCGGUCCUCUCUUCGGUGUUUGCCGAUAACACGGAGCAGAUUGAUCAACUGUGCUUUGAUCCCUCCCGCAACGUGCUCUACUCGCGCACACGCAACUUCAUCCAAGCCUUUGUACUUGAGGAAGGCGGCUUGCGCAAGGCUCAGACCCUUUAUGCCGGCCAGGACCGCCUUGACGCUUAUAUCAAGCUCUCGGAUCGACUAAACUUGGGGGCUCUGUACAGCUGCAUGUACUGGUGGCAUAGUCCUCAUGAUAUCACCACGCCGUGUGUGCUUGUCAACACGAACCAUCCACAUGAUGCGGUGGACUGUCCCCUCUAUCCUCAGCACAACCAUGGUCAGAUUAUCUACAUUACACCAGUGCACGCAGAGGACUCCAAUGCCAAGAUUGGCAUCGUCGCCGUCACUGACAAGGGCGCCCGUAUCUACUUUACCACUCGGUUCUCAGAGCAGUUCACCAUCAACACGGGUUUCAAUGCCAUGGCGACCGAAGCGCGUUAUGUCCGCGUUCUAGGCGUUGCUUCAGGGGUGGGCGCAAGCGAUGUCCAGGUUCAACGGGCAUGCUACUCUCAAGGCACGCUGGUCUUGGCUGUGCGCCACUCGCAAGGCCACCGCAUCCUUAUGAUCACCCCACGGCUUUACGAGCUGGCCGUUUGCCUCGACCUUUUUACGCGCAGCCGCAAACAUACACCAAGUCUUCGUGAGGAGGUGACGACAUAUGAGUUUGACUCGGCUUGCAACAUCCUGAGCAUCGCCAAGCGGGAGCGUCGCGAAAGCUAUGCACCCGAGUUCAAUCCACUCGUUACUCAGCAUUUGCCCACGCCAGAGCUCGUGUUUCUAUCGUCAGUGGGAACUUGGUCCUUGCGCGUCGCACGCCCGGUGGAGAAGCUGCGGGCUCGUCUUUUGGAUCGCUCCUUGCCCGAGUCGACCCUGGGCCAAUUUUUCGAGCCCGACACGGGCAUCGGAGCUGCUGGAAGCUCGCUGCGCACGGUCUCCUAUGAUCGUCUGGUGGAUCCUCGCGGUCAGGACCGAGGCCAAACUAUGGAUGACGAGGAGCGCACCAGCCUCAUUCUGUCAGAACAAGUGUUUCGUCGUGAGGCUUGUGCCUCAGCACUGGUUCUUGCCGCUGGCAUUCACAAUCCCGACGUUGGCGCGGUGCAGAGGGCAGCCAUUCAGCUGCUGAAGCGCCAAGGGGGCAGUCCAUUGCAGCUCAAUACGGCCCCGACUUCAUCCAGUGCCACUUCGAUCGGUGUCGCGGCUGGAACUUCAUUCGUGCUGCAUUCGGGUCUUCAUGAUGCCGCCGCGCAGUUCUUUAGCCGCCUUGUUCGGGAGAUCUGGACGGAUCGUAUGGUGAUUAGCCGCAGCAACACGCCUGCGCUGUAUGCCAAGCAUCGCCUGGCCACACUGGAACAAGUGAGCGACGGCAUUGGCCGUCUGCUGACGGCUUUUGCCACCAUCUGUGGGGCUGACUUGGAUACGGUCGGACGCUACCUGGCCACCGGCGUGGAGGAUGCACAAGGCGAAGAGGUGCGCUCGCUCUAUGCGCUCUACUCGGUAAUGCAGAUGGCCAAUGAGGCUAUCCAGUUGUGGUACAUCUUCUGUGAGGAGCCGCGACGCUUGCCCGACGUGACGGCGCACCUGACGCCCGCUGAGCGUGAGCGUCUCAAGGCCUGUGACUUUUGCACAUUUGCUUCAAGCGAGGAUGGCGAGCAGCUGGCCAAGUCGAUGAUCGAGAAGCUUCUGGCGCAGAUUGGUCAGGGCAGCUCAGAGGGCCACAUCAAUCACACCAACAUGUGUCAACGCCUGCACGACUGUGCCCCAUCUUUCUUCCGGUUGGACGACAAGCUGCGCGCCGAGGCCCUGGAGCUUUUGGGCUUGGCCGCGGUGGGCGAUGGAAACCGCAAGUUGCUGGACGAGGCGCUGAAAAUCUUUUUGGAUGUGCAGCGUCGCUUUGAGACAACCGAGGAGCUGGAGCAACUGACCAACAAGUUUGUUGCACAGCAGGCCUGGGAACAGGCAACGCGAUUGGUGUUGGGUGCGGUGCGCAUUCCCCGCCUGCACGCCCGCCGGCACGCCGGCCUCAAGGCCGACGUUCAGUUUGAUGCAAGCGUGCUCCAGGAACGCCAGCGCUGUCAUGCCGCGCUGGUACACCCGGCAACUGGCGUGCUCAGUCAUUUGUACGCAGCCAUUCAACAAGCCGAGGGCGAGGCUCAGGCGCGGCUACGGGCUGCCCUGGACAAGAUCUUCCGCUUGGUGUUGCUGGCCGACGAUGAGUUGCUCGAGUAUGCGCUCUUCGACUGGCUCUUGGCCAAGCACGAGGACACUUGGCUUGUCGAGCUCGAGUCACCGCGAGUUGAGACGUAUCUUCAGGAGCGCCGCAAGCAGCUGGCAGACGGCGGACUCGCCGUGGCCGAGCAAUCGGCAUUGCGCGAAUGCGAGGAGCUUUUGUUUCGUCACUAUCGCCACCGCCAGCGCUUCGCAGAUGCGGGUCGCCUGUGCGCUCGCCUGGCAGAUGCCGACUUUGCAGAUUUGACUCUCGAGGAUCGGCACAAGUUUUUGGCGUCGGCCAUCAAAGCGCUGGAGGCGGCACAUCCUCGAACGGCCCAAAUCAGCGAGUGGCUCCGAGAGCUGCUCGAUCGCCGUGAGGUGGCGCAAAUUCAAGUGCACAUGUGCGAGCGGCUGCGCCAGUUGCCGGAGGAGCGUGCCUUGAGUCCAGAUGAGUUGGCGCAGGUGCAAGCCGAUCUGAAGACGCUGAGCACGCGACUCUUCCCAUUGGAAGACUUGUACGAGAAUUUUGCCGUGCCCCACAACCUGCACGAGUGCAUUCUGGCCAUGUUGCACGUCGCAGGCAACCUGCAGCACUUGGAACACGUGUGGAUUGACGUGAUUGAGGACAAGGCCCGCAUUGCGCUGGCCUCUGUUGAGCGGGCGCAAGUUUUGCAGGCGCUGGCCUAUGAAGUGGCGCGUAUCAUCGAACCUUACCAUCAACAUGGUGCAAGCGUCCCUCUUCGUACCAUUGUGCGGCGGUUGGAAGAGUUUGCAGCCAAGUUGUUGCACGAUCGUGAUUUGGUCAAUGACAUGGUGGUGGCAGAAGCGCUACACGAGGUGGCUGGCCUGUCUUGGGCCGAGUUGUACGAGGUGUAUGCUGGACUCUGCAAAACCCAGGACCAAUAUCACUGGAUUCAUUUGGGUCGACACCUGCAUCUUCUCAACAUUAUCUGCACGAUUCUGCACCGAUGGCGCGAGGCAGAGCAAUCCGUGCCGGGCCAACGUCCCUCGGGGACUCUGCGAGCUGUGCUGAGUCAGGAUUUGGCCGGUUACAAGGUCGAGGCCAAGCGUUUGGAAAGCCAGGAGCUGAUGCAGCGUCUGGCUGCGCUCGAGGGCUUUUAG